CUGGAAUGCAUGAUGAGCAAUUAUUGAUUGAGUUAUUUAGAAUCAAGAAAUGAGUCUAAUCACCAUUAUCAACAAUUCAUUUUCCAAUAUCCUCCAGGCUUUGAGCAAGUUAUGGGCAAGAUGGCAUGCAGACAUCUACUGGAGAAAUAAAAAAAUUCCAAGAUGUUUGGAUAUUAAUUCAGACCAUCCUCAAAAAUUGGAGACUCGAAAGACUCUAAUGAAUUUGAUAAAGAUGCAGAACUGGAAUAAUCUUGUUUUAUUUUAA